ACGGAAGACAGGCGUGCUAUUGACAGAGAAAACGUGGAUCAUGUCAGUCCAUCGCUGAGCGAAACUUCAAUUCCUCGUGUUGUCACAUGUAGCAGGUCCAUUAGUUUCAGAUGCAGACAUAGAACAAGUAGAUAGAAUGGAAUUGAGCUUUAAUCGUAAAGGGAGGGGACUAAUGACUGAGCAUUUGUUUUCUUUAUUGGUCGGGUAAAAGUUAUUUAUAAAGUUUCCAUUGUGCAUUUUCAAUUCAGUACUUUUGUAACUUCUCAGUGUCAUUGUUAUUAUAUUUAAUAACAGCGCUAGUAAACCAGCGCAAAUGAGAUGUUGUCACGAGGUAAGUGUUAAUUUUCUCAGCGCCAUUCAGGAAGAACCAAUCACAGUCAAUUGUGUUGACUUAAUAAGGUAUUUUGAAAAAUCAUUUUUUUAGCGAUUGCUGGGGCAGAUUUCUAUUUGAAUUCCAGAUGACAAUCCUUGGAAUUUAUGUGUUUAAAAUAUGCAUAUGUUUUACUGUGCAAUUGUCUCUAACGAAGCUCUAAAAUAUCCUGAGUUUUGAAUGGCGCUCAAUGGAGUAUUCGGCAUCCUGAGCGCCAGUGCGCCUCCUGAAGGAAAACUUAACUUUUUAUUUACUGCCAUACAGAUAAAUGAAGCACACGUGAAAUAACCGCAUCUAAACACCGGAAACGAUUUCGUUUAUGAAUAUUAAUAAGGGUACUUAACUUUAGGUUACAAAGAAGAGCCCAUCUCACCAUCUUUCCUACGUCUGUUUGGCCCCUUUCAAUCCGUUAAUGUCACUGCUUUUAACGAAUCACGUUGCUUUUGGCCUGUAUUUUUCUGCUAUUGUAGUUUAAGACUAAGAAAAACAUAUAUGCCUAAAUUUGAAUAUCCAGUUGAUGUAAGCAGACAAAAAAAUAUAUCAGUGUCCUAAUGACAGAUUUAAAGUCACACUCAUUUUUGAGCUGCUAGUGAUUUGUUUACUAUUUUAUUAUUUAUUGUUAACCUAUUAAUGCAAAAUGUUGUCAGCAACCAGAUAGUUUUGCAAUUCAGGUUACACUAAUCAAGUAAGAUGUCUAACAGUUUUUGCUUUUCAUAUUAAUAACUUCUAUUGGUUUGAUGUAAAACUAAAAGAACUCUUAAAGAAAUUUUUUGAUUUAAUUUUCUGCUGCAUUUCCAAUUUCUUACCUCAAGAGGUCGCUUGUGUUUUAAAAACAUAAUCUUAUAUCUUCAUACCUCCCUGAGGCUGUAAUCGUAGUUACAUUGAUGAAUCCACAACCAUGAGCACAAAUACAGUUACACUAUAGUUCUUGUAGCAAAAUUAAUUUUCCUUUAGGAGGUUUUACUUGUGGUUACUAUGGGUUUUCAACAAACACCAGUUAAACCUUUCUUCCUGUAGUAAAACCAUGGUUAAUUUCCAUGAAACAUACUCAAUUUUACAACAAAUAACACAGUUAAACUCUUGUUCCAGUAGUAAACCCACAGUUAAUCUCUAUAAAAUAAAGUUUUACUCGUGGUUACUGUGAUUUUACAACAAAUACUACAGUUAACUCGUGUUCCUGUAGUAACACCACAGUAGAUUUAGGCUACUUGUGGUUACUGCUUUUACAACAAAAACUACAUUUCAACUCUUGUCCCUGAAGUAAAACCAUAAUUUAUUUAAAUAAAAGAUAGUUUUACUUGUGGCUACUAAGAGUUUUCAACAAAUCCUUCAAUUUAAAUUGGUAAAAUAUUAUAGUAAAAUAUUAGUAGGCUAGAUAUCAAUAAAAUUCGGUUUUACUUGUGGUUAAUAUGCUUUCACAAUAAACACCACAGGUAAAAUAUUGUUCUAGUAAAAGGUAGCUUCACUUGUUGUUUCAAUGAUUUUACAUGAAAUACCCCUUGUUCCUGUAGUAAAACCAAUUUUAGUGAAGGAUUGUGGUUACUGUUUUAGUGUGAAUACAUUAGUUACACAACGAGUGCUGCGGUAAACCCAUGGUUAACUUUCAUAAAAAGCUGUGGUUACUUUUGGUUUUUAAUAUUUUUGAAUUCUCUUGACACCUCCAAAACAGAUUCUUUGAAGUUAUGCUAAUAAUUUAUCAUUUAAGCCUAAAAACGUCCUAUGUUCCCUACAUCAUAAAACUGUAAACAACUGUCUGAAAAAUGGCAGGGCAAAGAAAACAUUGUGAGCCUUUAACGUAAGGAAAGAUUGACUUUGCGUAAACUGUAUAUCCUUUUUGAUUAAGGAAGGCGGCAAAGUGACAUGCUUCGUGCUUCCCCAGUUACCCUUAACAUGUUUUUUGUGUGUGUGAACAUAUGUGGAUGUCAGCAACUUGUGGUUAUUGCCUCGUGCACCUUGCUGAAGGUGGCGUAGAGUUUCACUGGAGACAGAGACAGAGUUUAGAGGCUCAGAGAGACGGGAGGUGAGACAGUGGGAUGGCCAGCCUAUCACCACCCUUCAACUUCUGCUUUCUCUGGCUCAGCGUCCUACACCGUGCGUCUGGUGCCAUUCGGCUCCCUCUUCAACACAUGUGCGUGUCCAUGUGUCCACAGACGGCUGGCAGCGCUUGCUGAGGAACAUCAGAACCAGGGCUGAGAUGUGGGUGCGUGUAAUUGUGACCUCUGUGCUUCUUCUGUCAGGAGUUGGGGCAAGUAAAUGGCUGGUGUAUUUCUCCAGGACGGACAUCUGCGUUUGGGCCGGGACCACGGUAACGCUGCCGUGCCGCUAUGAUUACCCCUCGCCCUACAGCUCUACACGGGUCAUGUGGUUUCACAUCUCUGCAGAGGGCCGACGGGAGGUUGCCUACCAUACUGAUGGGAAUCUAUUGAGUCCCUCAUACAGGGACAGGAUCAAAUACAUGGGGGGCCACAAAAGAUGCAGUUUGCAGAUCACGAACGCGAAGCUGAGUGAUGCGGGAACGUACCAUUUCAGAUUCGAGACCGACAACCAGCAGGGCAGAUGGACCUCUCCUGAUGCCAUCACACUGUCCGUCACAGAGCUUCAGGUUCAUGCACAUCCACCGAGAAUAGGAAACAUGUUUGCUGCUGGCGAGACGGUCUUCCUGAGCUGUGUGGCACGAGGCUGUGCCGCCCCUGGCAGGAACUUUGCCCUUUAUCGGAAUGGGAUCAACUUGGGUCAGUCCAACAAGCUGUCAGCCAUCUAUAACUUUGACAGUCAGCAUGCAGGUACCUACACCUGCCGUCCAAUACCCCCUCAAAACGUUCAGUCACCAGGAGUCACCCUGGCUCUUGGAUAUGCUCCUCGCUACACCACGGUACAGAUCACCCCUCGAGAGGCAGUCAGGGAGGGCGAUUCGGUGACUUUGACCUGCAGUAGUGAUGGAGCUCCGCCAGCAGAAAGUUUUGCCUGGUUUAAAGAAGGAGAGAGUGGCAGUGUGCCAGACAGCUUUAAACCUGAGCUGAGAUUGUGGAGUUUGGACUACAGGGACCAUGGAGAGUACUUCUGUGUGGCCCGCAACCCACUCGGCACAGACCGGUCCAGACCGCUUUUACUUAAUGUUACCUAUUCCCCAAAGAACACAAGAAUCUUUAUCAGUCCUAAAGGAGACAUCAAGGAAGGGUUUGCUGUCAAUCUGACCUGCAGCAGCAACGCCAACCCUCCCGUGCAGAAAUACGCCUGGUACAAAGUGAACGGCGGUCAGCCCUGGACCAAAGGCACUGCGCAAAAUCUCACCUUUCCUAGUGUGCGUUCCCAUCAUGCCGGACAGUACUACUGCACUGCGUGGAAUGUGUUCGGCAUGGGGACAUCGCCCACUAUUUCUCUUAUAGUACUUUAUGCCCCCAAAAACACCUCUGUGCUGGCUCGGCCUUCCACUGUGAUCGAAGCGGGCAGCUCGUUGACGCUGACCUGCAUCAGUCAGGCCAAUCCGGUGGUGGAGAACUACACCUGGCACCGGAUCAAUGCGGCUGACGCCUGGGAAACUCGAUCGGGUCCCAGCUACACCAUUGCUGAGGUCAGCCCUGGAGCCAGCGGCCAGUACUACUGCGAGGCCCGCAACCGCAUUGGAGCGCACAGCUCCCCGGUUCUGACGGUGAAAGUUCGAGGCCGACUGAAGGUGAUCGCAUUGGCGUCUGCAGUGGGCGUUUCUGUCGGAUUAAUAUCUCUGACCGUGGUCGUCAUGAUCAGUAAAAACAUGCAUCGCGUGGACACUGAAAAUUUUGAGGAAGAAAAACAGUGUUCACCAGUAGUUGACUUGCCAGUGGACAAUACUCUGUUUAGUGAAUCAACUUCAGAGACGUUUCUCCUCAAGAGCACAAAAAUGUCAGACAUUCCGGAGGAGCCGGAGGAGAUUUAUGAAACUAGCCACCCUUCCAUCGUGCCCCUGAAAGAAGCCGCUCGGAGAGCUGAGGAACAGGGAAAAAUCAACUACAUUACGGUGCAUUAUUCUCGCAUGCCCAGUCGGGACCAGGCGAAGGUCACAAACAUACCUCUAGAUGGAGACAAGAAGCUCAAAGAUGGUCCUAAUGCUGUUUAUACUGUUCUCGCCAAGCAAACCAGAGAGGAGAUGGAAGAAUCUAGAGUCUAAAGCGGUCAACUGAUGG